UUUUUUUCAGGGUUUUACAAAGAUUUCCACAAAAAUAGAGCCAAAUGGAGAACUGUGGCUUGUUGACAAACAAGAAGGAGGCUGUUCCACUGAAGCACAUUGAGGUGGAACUACAGGUGCAGGGGCAUGUAGCAACAGUGACCUCUACUCUGCAGUAUAUAAAUAAAGAAGAGUGCCCCCUGGAGGCUGUGUUUGUCUUUCCCAUGCCUUCAGGAGCUGCUGUCUGCCAUUUCAGUGCCAAGAUUGCAGAUCAGGAGAUAGUGGCUGAGCUGCAGGAGAAACAGGAAGCGCGGGAGCAGUAUGAUGAUGCCCUGAGUUCAGGUGAACAAGCUUUCCUGUUGGAGGAGAGUGAGGAGUCUGUGGAUGUGUUCAGGCUGAGUGUGGGGUCUCUGCCUCCACACCAGAGUGCCACUGUCACCUUCAUUUACAUAAUUGAGCUGAGUGUGCAGGCUGACCAUUCACUGCAAUUUUGCCUGCCUGCAGUGCUCAACCCUCGUUACUCACCAGCCGGUACAGGUGGAGGUAUAGUGUCAGAGAUAACAUCAAGUUCUGCUGAUGUUCCCUAUUCUCUCUCUUUAACUGCACAUGUGAGCUCUCCAAACCCCAUUGCUAAAGUGGAGUCCAAGUGUCCUCUAGAGCCCCUGACAUUCCUCAACACAGAGCACACAAAGGCAAAGGUAAGCCUUUCUGCAGGUCAUAAGUUUGACAGAGAUGUUGAGCUGUAUGUAUAUUAUCAGAAUCCCCAUCAGCUCACUGCUAUAGUGGAGGCUGGAACGCCAACAGCACAGCCAGGAACUCUAAUGGGAGACCCUGCAGUCAUGAUCAGUUUCUAUCCAGAGUUUCCUGAGUCAGUCAUGUCCUCCACGAUGUCAUGUGGUGAGUUUGUGUUUGUUAUCGACAGAUCUAGCAGUAUGGGCAGCUUAACACAUAAGGGAUGGCGUGCACAAAAACGCAUCGCGUGCGCCAGGGACACUCUGCUCCUGCUGCUGAAGAGUCUUCCCAUGGGCUGUUACUUCAACAUCUAUGGUUUCGGCUUUUACUUUGAAUCAUUCUUCCCGAAAAGUGUGCAGUACAGUCAGGACACUUUGGACCAGGCUGUGGAGAAGGUAAAUAAGAUGCAAGCAGACAUGGGAGGGACAGAGAUUCUGCAACUUCUGGAACAUAUUUACAAACAGCCGUGCAUCCCCAACCACCCAAGACAGCUGUUCAUAUUUACAGAUGGUGAAGUAGUAAAUACCAAAGAUGUUCUUCAUUGUGUGAAAAGGAAUGCGGAGGUUCACAGAUGCUUUUCAUUUGGGAUUGGUGAAGGAGCAAGUUCUGCACUAAUUACAGGAUUGGCUGAGAAUGGCUCUGGCCACGCCCAAUUCAUCACAGGAACUGAACGCAUGCAGGCCAAAGUAAUGCUGUCUCUUGCCUUUGCUUUACAACCAGUAGUAAGUGAUAUCUCUGUGGAUUGGACUGAUUUGUCUGUCACACAACUGAGCCCCCCGAUUAAAACACUUUUCCAUGGUCAAAGAGCACUAAUUUAUGCCCAGUUAAAAGCAGAGAACUGUCAGAAGCCAGAGGCCAAUGGAAAAAUUUCAGUGCGGUACUGCCUAGGAGAACAAGAGGUCUCAAACACUGUGCACUUCUCCAUGACAUCAGCUGAGAAUAGCAGACUGGUCAUCCACAAGUUGGGUGCUCGCUCUCUGAUCCACUCUCUGGAAAGGGAAGAGCAGGAUAAUGGAGCUGUUAAAGAGGCUUUGAAGGCCAAAGUGGUGGAACUGAGUAAACAGUCUGGAGUGAGCAGCUCACACACUGCCUUCAUAGCUGUCAAUAAGGGGAGUGGACAAGCUGUGAAAGGACCACUGGUGACCAGGAGAAUUCCUACAUUGAGUAAGUGUGCUUUUCAUUAA